UUCUCUACAUGAGGCAAUUUCCAAUCUGUUUAAGGCUACUCAGCAUUGAUUCGACUCAGAGGUGAACAUGCAGUUUCAAUGUUCGGGAUUUGGACGGGACGAAGCCGAGUUGAAGAUAAAAUUUCAUGUAAAUCAGUCUGUCUGUAUUUAUCCAGUUUACAUCAAUAGCAAGAAGACGAUAGCCGAAGGAAGACGAAUUGCAGCCGAAAAAGCGGUAGAAAAUCCAACGUGCUCAGAAAUACACAAUGUGCUAGGAGCAGCAGGAAUGAAUGCUGUUUGUGAGAAUAAAUUGCACCCAAGGGAGUGGAACAGAGACUGGCAGUUUAGGGGAAGGGUACGAGUGCAGCUCAAAAAAGAGGAUGGAAGUUUGUGCAACGAACAGUUUUCUUCACGCAAGGAGCUUAUGUUGUAUGUAGCUGAAAUGAUCCCAAAGUUGAAGAGCAGAACACAAAAGAGUGGGACAGGAGAGCAAAAUUCACAGCAAUCUGAUGGCAGUAAAAAGAACAAGAAAAAGAAGAAGUAACCAUUUGAACUGCUAGAGACCACCUCAGGAGAACUUCUUUCUAUAAAAAAUGUUUAGUUUUCUCAUACUGGCCAUAUCUGUGCUAUUCCAAUGAGGACCACUCUUAUAAUUCAUGAAAGCGGACAUCAUGCUAUGUGCAGCAGCACUGCUGAAACAGUGGGAUUUCAAACACAGUUUUGAGUGCAGGUUGAUCCUGUUUAUAUCUGGAUGCUUAAUUAUGCCAACUAAAGAAUAUUGUUUUACAUUAUAAAAAUAUUCAAUUGGGAGAACUAAUGAGGAAAUAUUUGCAGUCUAAAAAGGAUUUUAUUUGAAGUUUUUGGAUUUCUUUAGCAUGUAUUUACCCCAACAUGUGUUUAAAAAUGGUUUUGUUUUGCACACAAUAAAUUACAGAGGUUUCCAAAAUGAA